UGAUUACCAUAAGAACGGUUUAGACCCCGUUUUCGACGAUCUGCGCGGGCACUGCCCCAGCUUCGGUGGUGUGUUACUCUUGCCUGGAUCACCAGUCGAGCGAGCCGCGACCGGCCGGCGCCCGAGCGGUCAGAUGGUGUACGGUGGGGCGUCACGGCGUGGCGACAAACCGAACCUGAUGGCGACCCGCGGCGGCGACACCAACCACCACGAGGAGGCCAGUCGCAUGCUGGAGACAGCUCUGCAGCAGAUGGACAGCAUCAUCGCCGGCACCGAGCUGGAGCUGGCCGGCCUGGAGCAGAGCCCACGGCCGCCGGCCGUCGCCGCGGUCACCGCCGUCACCGACCCCGUCUCGGAGGCGGCGGACCGGCUCCGUCAGGCCAUCACGCUCUCAGCGAAGGCGGCCAGCACGCCGUCGGAGACCGCCAUGACCCAGGAGACGUGUAGCUUCCUGCUGACCUGGCUGGCGGGCAACAACAACGUCGAGAGGAGCGCUCGGCAGCCGGGCCUCGAGUACGAUGAGCGGCUGCAGAAGCUCGAGUCGGACAAGUCGUCCCUGCAGCUGCAGGUGUCCGUGCUCACCGAACAGAUCGACGCGCAGACGGAGAAGAUCUCCGAGCUGGAGGACCAGCUGCGCACGCGCCAGAUGCUGCUCGGCAAGGCCGAGGACAGGCUGCAGAAGGACCUGGCCCUGCAGCAGGAGCUGCUGCACCGCUCCUCGUUCGAGACCCAGAAGCUGGAGGUGAUGAACAAGAUGUCCAACCUGACGCUGCAGCAGAAGACGCUGGAGCGGGAAAACAUCGAGCUGCGGAACCGGCUGCGACGAGCCGAGCUGGGCAGCCGCCAGCCGAGCGAGGAGCGGGGUCGGAUCCGCGACAAGCCGCCGCUGGUGCCGCGGGGCAGCCUGCCCGCCGCCACCUCCACGCCCAACCACAGCAUGCUCGACUCACCGCAGCGACUCAACUCGUCAUCGAGCGCCACGGACGGCAGCCGGUACGCCUCGGCACAGGACAACUCGUCUCCGACAGGCAUGCACCCCGCCACCUGCCGGGAAGGAUCGCUACCAAAGACGCCGCCGUCGUCGCAUCGCCGGCGCGUGGAGUCGCUGGGCGGCACCCUGCCGCGCGCCUCGGCCGCCGCCGACAGUCAGCGGCGUGCGGUCGCCUUCGGUAAACAGCCGACGCGCCGCCUCUGGGAGCGGGUGACGGGAAAGUAUAGCUCGUCGACGCCCAAUCUAGCCGACUCCGAUCAGCCGAUCCCGAACAGUCCCACCGAUGACGUCGCGGGCGGACCACACUCCCCCAGCACGCAGAACAAAAACAAAGGCUUCAAAAAGCUGUUCGGAAGGAUGAAGCGCAGCAACUCGGGCGGCCUGGAGCCGGAGAUCCCGGACGGCGGCGAGUUCCGGCGCGGCGGCACGCGCCCCACGGCCGGCCCCCGGCUGGGCUGGGGCGGCGAGAGGUCGCGCGACGAUGACCGCGUCUGGCGACCGCUGGCCGAGUGGGACACGGACACGGUGGUCGGCUGGUUCCACGAGAUGGGCCUGAGCGCCUACACCGCGGAGGUGCGCCGCUGGGUCCGCUCUGGCAGCCACCUGCUGCGCGCCACCGGCGCCGAGCUGGAGAAGGAGCUCGGCCUCAAGCAUCCGCUGCACCGCAAGAAGGUGGUGCUGGCGCUGAGCGCGGCCGGCUCCGCGACCGACGAUCCGCCCGGCCACAUCGACCACAACUUUGUGAUGCGCUGGCUGGACGACGUCGGCCUGCCCCAGUACAAGGACGCCUUCCUGGAGGCGCGCGUCGACGGCCGCGUGCUGAACCAGCUGACGCUGGAGGACCUGCAGACGCUCAAGGUCACCAACCUGCUGCACGCACUCAGUCUGAAGCGCGGCAUCCAGGUGCUGCGCCUGAACGGCUUCUCGCCGGCCUGCCUGCGGCGGCGCUCGACGCCCGACGAGCCGCGCCAGCCGACGCCGCAGGAGGUGGCGCUCUGGACCAACCACCGCGUCAUGGAGUGGCUACGCGAGGUCGAUCUGGCCGAGUACGCGCCCAACAUGCGCGGCUCAGGGGUGCACGGUGCGCUGCUGGUGUACGAGCCCCGGUUCACCGGCGAGCUGAUGGCCUCCGUGCUGUCCAUCCCGGCCAACAAGUCGCUGCUUCGGAGACACUUGUUCACUAGGUUCAACGAUCUGGUCGGCUCGGAAAUCCUCCGAGAGAAGAGAGAGGUCGAAGACAACCAGACCAUCACGCCUCUGCGGACCGACUCGAAAGUCAAGCUGCACAAGCGGGGCCAGUUCACGCUGAAGCGGCGCAAGGGCAAGGCCGAGUCGGACGGCGACGACUUCCUCUGCCCGGUGGACGUGCAGGGCUCGCCGCUGUCGUCUCCGGACAUCGCCAGCGGCCAGAACCCGCUGGAGAUGUCGCUGGUCGAACUGCGCACCAGCGACGUUUAGCCGCGCGGCGUGCGGGACACCAGUGACGUCAUCUGUCGCGUCAUGGUCGGCAGCAGUGCCUCGGAUGCCACGUCGCGAUCGCGUGACCUGGGUGACAUGUUAUAGUCGCCAGUGGCGUCUGAUGGUUCGGUGCGUCUGGCACCAGUGGCACCAGGUGGCGCGUAUGACGAGAACCAGUGACGCCAGAUUUCGGCAUGGUGGGAGCCGUUGCCGUCAAAUAACAUGUUGCAAUCGGAGCCAGUGACGUCACGAAUCGAUGGUCGUUCCUCGCACACUGCCGACACUCGAUGACAGAUCGAGUCGCGUGCCUUGAGCGUCUAGAGAUGGUGCUUGGGCCGUGUGCCAGCAACGGUGCUGGCUAAUCCGCGCGCCGGUGUUGGGGCACCAGUGGUGCCCGAUUCCCGAGGUUUUGUUGCUGGGACCGGCGCCGAGCCCGUCCGCCUCGGCUGCCUGGUGGGCAGCGCCUGGUAUCCGCCGGAGGUGGGCUGGAGCGCCCGUCUGAGGUCGGCUCUGAACACGGCGGGUGGUGAUCGGCGCAGCGGUCGCUUGUCGGGCCUCCGUGAUCGGCACAGCGGAGACAUGUUGGGCCUCGGUGAUCGGCGCAACGAUGGCAUGUCGGGCCUCGGUGAUCGGCGCAGCAAUGACAUGUCGGGCCUCGGUGAUCGGCGCAGCGGUGACAUGUCAGGCCUCGUAUGAUGACGGGAUGUCCCUGGCCGCCGGCCGUCGGCCCGGGUCGCGUCAGCAGCUGGGUUUCGGUCGGCGCCUGACCGGAUGGUGGAUUGUGGCGCUUUUCGUCAGAAAAGCCCCGCCAAUCCGGCUACCGGUGGCCAGCGGGGACGCUUCUCGCCACCGCUGCGAAAAGGCAAGCUGGGGCUGGACGGCGCCUCGUGAUCUGUCUGCAGGAGGGCGAUGAUAAUCCGCGGAGAGGAUCGUGGUUCGAGGAUCACAGUGGUGACAGCGGGACCUCUUUGCCGAGCGAUUUCACCCGUAGAACGACUUCCAGUCUUCCCGUAUCUGGUACGACGUGUUGUUGCUGUCGUUCUAUUCGCGUCACCGUACCAACUCAGAGCGUCCUUGCUUCCGCACUCAACUCGGUCUCUGAAGCCCCAGGAGUGGUUGUCAGUCAGCCUUGUCUCCGACACGGUCUUGUGCCUUCGCCGUAUUUACGAGGUCGGCGCGACUCGUAUUUUUAUACAUGUCCUGUACAUAUGGUCUUCCCGGGUGCUGGGUGGGGCGCCAUCGGGCGUGCGCGUGUUUUAGAUACGGACGACAAUGUGCCC